UUGCCGCCACCUCUGUACUCACCAACUUUUACAGCGGAACUUUACCCAAAAGUGGAAGUUCCAAUUGUUGGCAUUCCCCCUUCCCCCCCCCCCCACUGCCACCAACGAUGGGGCACUAUUCCUCCCCCCACUGACACCAAUGAUGGAGCACUAUUCCUCCCCCCACUGACACCAAUGAUGGGGCACUAUUCCUCCCCCCACUGACACCAAUGAUGGGGCACUAUUCCUCCCCCCACUGACACCAAUGAUGGGGCACUAUUCCUCCCACUGACACCAAUGAUGGGGCACUAUUCCUCCCGCUAACACCAAUGAUGGGGCACUAUUCCUCCCACUGACACCAGUGAUG